UUUUGCUUUACCUCCAGUGUUAUUGUAGACACUUUGCCAAUAAAGUAUGUAGCCACGUGGUCUGCAUUGCGGGUCCUGGUCUCCAGUCAUUGGAAGAGAGGAGCAUCACGUGAAGAUGGGGGCGUGUCCCCACGCCCCCCCUCCAGCGGUGAGCAGUCCAGCGUGUACGCCCCCUCCCCCAAAGCUGACCCCGAUGAGGACAUGGAGAAGAAAAGAAAGGAGCUGCUGGCUGGUCCACCCGGUUAGCUUGAAUGCUAUCACAAGAUCGACACCGUCUUCUUCACAACACGACAUGUUUGCACCCAAACUGGUUCUGUGGAUGCUGUGGAUUCUCUUUGGAGCCGGUUUGGGUUUGGGUUUGGUUUAUUCCAGAGCCAAACACCCAGGAGAAGCUUUCAGUGACACGCGUUCUACAGCUCAGCACGUGGCAACAUUUAGCUCCUGCAGGAACAGAUGUUUUGAGCUGGUUGAGGUGGAGCCACCAAAGUGUCGUUGUGAUAAUCUAUGUAAGACCUACAACGGCUGCUGCCCUGACUUUGACCAUCUCUGCCUCAGGACAGAAGGUGGCUAUGAGUGCAGUAAAGAUCGCUGUGGGGAGUUGCGCAAUGACCACCAUUCCUGCCACUGCUCACAUGACUGCCUCGCCCAAGGAGACUGCUGCACCAACUACAGGACACUCUGUAGAGGAGACAGUUCAUGGCUCCAGGAUGAAUGUGAGGAUAUGAAGACGGCACAGUGCCCUGCAGGAUUUGUGCGGUCACCGCUCAUCAUUCUGUCAGUGGAUGGUUUUCGAGCUUCUUACAUGAAGAGAGGAGAUACUGUCAUACCUAACAUUGAGAAACUCAGAACGUGUGGCACCCAUGCUCCGUAUAUGAGGCCAGUGUAUCCGUCCAAGACCUUCCCCAACCUCUACACGCUGGCCACGGGUCUUUAUCCAGAGUCUCAUGGUAUUAUUGGGAAUUCCAUGUACGACCCUGUCUUUGAUGCCACCUUCACUCUGAGGAGCAGAGAGAAACUUAAUCACCGCUGGUGGGGGGGGCAACCGAUCUGGAUCACAGCUCUCAAACAAGGACUGAAAGCAGCCACUUUCUUCUGGCCUGGUGCCGUUCCACUGGAAAGGCGGAUACUGACCAUAUUACAGUGGCUCCAUCUCCCUGAAGUGGAGAGACCCUACAUUUAUGGCAUGCACUUUGAGCAGCCAGACAUAUACGGACACAAAAUGGGGCCCAUGAGCAUAGAGCUGAAUCAUCCUCUGAGACGCACGGACAGGAUCAUCGGGCAACUCAUGAACGGACUCAAGCAGAUGAAAUUACAACGAUGUGUCAACAUUAUGAUCGUCGGGGAUCACGGUAUGGAAGAGGCCCACUGUGACCAAACAGAGUUCCUCAGCAGCUACUUGACAAAUGUUGAUGACAUCAUUCUUAUUCCCGGAUCCUCGGGCCGAAUACGCCCCAGAUUCCUCAGCAGCGCAAAAUACGACCCUCGGGCUGUUAUGGCUAAUCUAACUUGCAGGAAACCAGACCAGCAUUUUCGGCCUUACUUAAAACAGCAUCUACCCAAGAGACUGCACUACGCAAACAAUCACCGCAUAGAGGAUGUACAUAUACUGGUGGACAGGAAGUGGCACAUUGCAAGGAAAGCGCCGGAAGUUAAGCGUCUUUGUGGCUUUUUUGGUGACCACGGAUAUGACAGUAAGAUCAAUAGUAUGCAGACCAUUUUCCUGGGAUACGGACCUUCGUUUAAAUUCAAGACCAAAGUCCCAGCCUUUGAAAACAUUGAGCUUUAUAAUGUGAUGUGUGAUCUUUUAGGUCUAAGACCGUCGCCCAAUAAUGGAACCCACGGUAGUCUGAACCACUUGUUGAGGAACCCUCCCUUCAGGCCCACAAUGCCAGAGGAAGUUUCCAAGCCGAGCGCCAUUGCUCACGAUCAUACGCACGCAGAUGACCUCGGCUGCAGCUGCAAUUUUAAGUCCGGAGUAAAAAGUAGAGGCCAGAGAGGUUUGAAAGUGACGCUUGCACGAGGCUAUAAUCUGGAGUCACUCUGGCUCUGUCUCUUGCAGAACCAAGUGGAGGAGCUAAACCAGCGACUGAGGCAAGCUUUUGAUGAUAGUAGGAAUUUGCCAUACGGUCGCCCAGGAGUGCAGUACUACACCACGUAUUCCAUUCUGCAGCACGCGAACUAUAUCUGUGGCUACAGCAAAGACCUGGCGAUGCCGCUGUGGACGUCAUACACCGUUAGCCGGCAGGUGGAAGUAUCCGCGUUGCCAGAGAUGAAAUGUAUCAGACCAGACGCCAGAGUCCCGGCAGCCUUCAGCCAGUCUUGUAGCAAAUACAAGGCAGACAAACACAUCACCUAUGCCUUCCUCUACCCUCCACAAUUAUCCGCAGACAUGAAGAGAAAAUAUGAAGCGGUGCUCAUAACCAACACUGUACCCAUGUAUCCUGCCUUCAAGAGUAAGAAGUAUACUCCAGUAUACUCCAGUAUACUCCAGUAUACUCCACAAGUGUUGCGACACAACAGAAUAUGGGCUCAUUUCCAGGGAGUGCUUUUAAAGAAAUAUGCCAGUGAAAGAAACGGGAUGAACGUUCUCACUGGACCAAUAUUUGAUCACGACUCUGACGGUGUCAUGGACUCCAUUGACAAAAUUCAAGAGCAUGCACGCGGUUCCAUCCUGGUCCCGACUCACUUCUUCGUGGUUCUAACCAGCUGCUUGGACUUCAGGCAGGCUGCAGAUUCAUGCUCUGGUCCUCUCAGCUGUGCUGCCUUCAUCCUGCCACACAAAGCCAACAAUGACGAGAGCUGCAACAAAUCAGAUGCGGAAUCCACCUGGGUGGAGGACCUGAUGAAGAUGCACACGGCUCGGGUCAGAGAUGUCGAAAUUCUGACAGGUCUGGACUUGUACCGUAGAACCACUCUGAGAUAUGCCGACGUUCUCGCACUUAAAACAUUUAUGCACACAUAUGAGAGUGAGAUCUAAUGUGACGUCUAAUGUGACAUCUAAUGUGUGACAUCUAAUGUGAGAUCUUCUCAGCUGUGGUCGGAAAGGCGUGGAUGUGGUACCCACUUUGUGCUUUCAAAUGAUUCAUUUGAAUCCCUUUUCUACAUCUUGAUACGAACGCCUCAAAGUUAGGGAUCAUUUGCAAAUGUCCUUGUUUGCAAUUCAUAUUCAUCGUGAAUCACAUGAUGAUACUUAGCGUCUGAAAAUAUCAUGCUAGGUUAACCGUCCGUAGGAAUCAAUGGAAAGCGGGAAUGGUUGUUUGUGGCCCGCGAUUGGCCGGUGACGAGUCCAGGGUGUACCUCAGGCAUACGCCCGUCACCCUGUUUGUGGAGACUGGACACCUUUUGUGUUCAUGUUUAUUUUUUGUGUAGCUGAAUAAGCAUUGUGUUAGCAUAUCUUACACCUAUUCAGCCUGUUCUCUAUUCUUUUAUUAUUGUUACAACUUGCCUUCCAAGAUGGCGUCAUGUCUGUUUUGGUCAAGUACCGUAUUUUCUGGACUAGAAUUAAUUAAUUAUGUCAGGGCAGUCGAGAACAAGAUGACAUUUGUGUAGCUUCAACAUUCUGCUCUCAAAGGAGAUGGAUGUUGAUACAUAUCAAAUCAUAUCAAAAUUUAGAACGAACACAGGAGUCGUUCGGAAGCUGAAGCUGGACUGAAAUGCUGUGGAAAUACGCUAAAACAUAGAAUGAAAGUAAGAGUCAGUUUAUUAGUCUGAGCUCAACGUUGAUACAUGAAUUUCAAUACAAGGAGGAAAUGAAACCAAAAGGUAAAAAAUACAUCAUUAGGUAGAAAAAAACAUACAUAAGUUGCAUUUUUUGCGGGUUUAUUUACCAUAUUUUCUGGACUAUAAAUCGCACCAGAGUAAGUCGCACAAGACCAAAAAUGCAUCAUUAGGUAGAAAAAAACAUACAUAAGUGGCAUUGGAGUAUAAGUCGCAUUUUUUGCGGGUUUAUUUACUGUAUUUUCUAGACUAUGAGUCGCUCCGGAGUAUAAGGCGCACAAGGCCAAAAAAGCAUACUUAGGUAGAAAAAAACAUACAUAAGUCGCACUGGAGUAUAAGUUACAUUUUUUUCAAGUUUAUUUACCGUAUUUUCUGGACUAUAAGUCGCUCCGGAGUAUAAGUCGCACAAGGCCAGAAAUGCAUACUUAGGUAGAAAAAAAAACAUAAGUCGCACUGGAGUAUAAGUCGCAUUUUUUGCGGGUUUAUUUACCGUAUUUUCUGGACUAUAAGUCACUCCGGAGUAUAAGUCGCACAAGGCCAAAAAUGCAUCAUUAGGUAGAAAAAAACAUACAUAAGUCGCACUGGAGUAUAAGUCGCAUUUUUUGCAGGUAAUUUAUUUUAUCUACUUGACCAAAACAGACAUUGCAGAUGCAGAUGCAUUUUUGGCCUUGUGCGACUUAUAUAUACUUAUACUCCAGAGCGACUUAUAGUCCAGAAAAUACGGUACUUGACCAAAACAGACAUUACGUCAUCAAGUCCUAACAAUAAUAAAAGAAUAUAGAUAUGCUAGGAUGUGCAAAGAUAUGCUAACACAAUGCUUAUUUAGCUACACAAAAAAAUAAACAUGAACACAAAAGGUGUCCAGUGUUUAUGGAACAUAAACACUUUUUUCAUUUAUAAGUCGCUCUGGAGUAUAAGUGGCAGGAACAGCCAACCUAGGAAAAAAAGUGCGACUUAUAGCCUGGAAAAUAUGGUAGUAGUAAAAAUAGUAAAAAAUAGUAAAAAAAAAUAUAAUAAAAUAGUAAAAAUAAAUUAUCCACAAAAAAUGCGACUUAUACUCCAGUGCGACUUAUGUAUAUAUUUUUUUCUACCUAAUUAUGCAUUUUGCCCUAUUAUAUAAAAUAUGUCAGAUUUUUUUUUUUUUACAAAAUAAAUCAAUAAAAAAAAAAUCAAUAAAAAAUAAAAAAAAAUCAAUAAAAAAUCAAUAAAAAAUAUCAAAUUAUUUCGGGGGCUUAAAAACAACCCCACUAAAAUAGGCCUAAAAAAAGUUUUAAGUUUAAAAAAAAAACAAAAACAUUAGCCACUCCAAAUUAUCCAUAGUUAUGAAUGUGAGUGUGAAUGGUUGUUUGACUUGACUUGGACAAUGACUGGUAAAAAUGUUGCGAUCCACAUUUUUUUAGCUUAUGAUGCAAUCCACUGUUUUAUUUUUAUAUUUUUAUAUUUUUGCUGAUCCCUUUUUUAAGAAAUAAUAAUCUUUUGUUCCAAACAGGAAUAUGUGGACGUCAAUAAGUCAAAGUAUUUGCAACCAGGGUUAAAAUCCCUGCGCUUAGCCCCUUUAGCAAGAAGGACCACUACGUGAGAAUUGCCACAGAACAGAGCCAUGUGUUGUUUACAUAUCAUACGCUAAACAGUAUUCCACUAUAGCGACAAGGCUGCAAAGUAUUAUACUUAAUGUACUAUGUGUACCCAGACCUUGUAUUUUAGCACAUUUGUAGCGAAUGUUAUUCUUCCAAAUGCCAACAAUACAUAACAUUUGUCAUAGUAAUCAACAGGGAAUUGGGUAAUUACUUUAGUGUACUAAAUAGUGAUGCUAUUUAUGAAUUUAUUAGCGACACAGUAGCAGCAGUGAAAACAUGAUGGGAAUAUUUCUUCUACUGGUAAUGACGUCUGAUGCUCUGGCCUGUUGGGAACGCCACAGGAGAGGAGGCAUGACCAGGAGAUGUGUUCAAUGACCUUUCGUUAAAAAGCUGUGGAGACAAAAAAAAAAGAAUAAUUUGGUUAUUAAAAUCAAAUAUCAAAAAGUUCAAAGGGGACUUUUAAUGAUGUGGAUCUGUACUCCAUAUUUCAAGCAAUGUCUGGGAUCCGGGACCAACAGGUAACCGUAGAUCUGUAGGUCCUAAAACUGGUCCAAAAACUUUAGUGGCGUAGCUGGCGGCCAUGCUGGAUUCAAGGAAACAGGCAUUCAAGUAUUCCGGAUCUCCGGCGUUUCAAUAUGAUCAACGAAAAAAAAAAAAAAAAAGACCAGCCAGACCUCCUCCCUUAGGACCAGCCCCCUCUUCUGGACCAGCCAGACCUCCUCUCUCAGGACCAGCCAGACCUCCUCCCUCAGGACCUGCCUCCUCUUCUGGACCAGCCAGACCUCCUCCCUCAGGACCAGCCUCCUCCUCUGGACCAGCCAGACCUCCUCUCUCAGGACCAGCCUCCUCCUCUGGACCAGCUAGACCUCCUCCCUCUGGACCAGCCAGACCUCCUCCCUCUGGACCAGCCAGACCCCCUCCCUCAGGACCAGCCAGACCUCCUCCCUCAGGACCAGCCUCCUCUUCUGGACCAGCCAGACCUCCUCCCUGAGGACCAGCCAGACCUCCUCCCUCAGGACCUGCCUCCUCUUCUGGACCAGCCAGACCUCCUCUCUCAGGACCAGCCUCCUCCUCUGGACCAGCUAGAUCUCCUCCCUCUGGACCAGCUAGACCUCCUCCCUUAGGACUAACCUCCUCUCUCAGGACCAGCCUACUCCUCUGGACCAGCUAGACCUCCUCCCUCAAGAGCAGCCAGACCUCCUCCCUCAGGGCUAACCUCCUCUUUUAGGACCAGCCAGACCUCCUCCCGACUGACUUUGUGGCC